AUGGCCGCGCGGUCGGACCUCGAGCUGCGGCGGGAGCUGCAGGCCCUGGGCUUCGAGCCCGGGCCCAUCACGGACACCACCCGGGACGUCUACCUCAACAAGCUGCAGCGGCUGCGAGGCGAGGCCCGGCAGCGCGCGAGGCCUGGUGCGGGGCCGCUGCGACCUGAGGCGGCGCGCCCGGGCCUUGGCCUGGGGCCGGGGGCUCGCCCGGGGCUCGGGGCCGCCCCCGCCUCCUCAGCCCCCUCAUCCUGGGCCAGGAGCCGCCCGAGCAUCCACCACGCCGGCUCCGGGGCCCGCAACACUUUCUCCUGGCGCCCAGGCCGGGAGCGGGAGCGGGACAGCUCCGACGAGGACGAGCCGCCCGCCCCGAGCCCCGGCCCCCGCCGCUGGUGGGCCUCGGCCUCUGCCUCGGCCCCGGCUUCGGUCUCGGUCCGAAGUCCGGCGGCGUACGGGGGCCCCCGGGCCCGGCCCCGGCCCCGGCCCGAGGUGGGGCGGCGGCUGGAGCGCUGGCUGUCGCGCCUCCUGUGCUGGGCCAGCCUGGCGCUUCUGCUCGUCUUCCUGGGCAUCCUGUGGGUGAAGAUGGGGAGGCCCGCCCGGGCGCAGGAGGCGGAGGAGAACAUGAAGUUGUUGCCGGUGGACUGUGAGAGGAAAACAGAUUCGUUCUGCCAGGUCGAACAGAAGAAAGUUUUACUAGAGGUGCUGCAUGAGUUAUAUAACUUCUUGGCCAUACAGGCAGGUAAUUUUGAAUGUGGAAAUCCAGAGAGUCUAAAGAGUAAAUGCAUUCCUGUUAUUGAAGCACAGGAAUACAUUGCAAAUGUAACCGGCAGUUCACCAGCAAGGUUUGAAGCUGCAUUGACCUGGAUACUGAACAGUAACAAGGAUGUAGGAAUCUGGUUGAAAGGGGAAGACCUGUCUGAGUCGGUGACAACUGUGGACAAGGUAGUUUGCCUGGAAUCUGCCCAUCCGCGCAUGGGCUUGGGCUGUCGGCUCAGUCGGGCCCUGCUGACAGCCAUUACCACUGUGCUCCUUUUUUUCUGGGGUCUGGCCUUUUUGUGGGGACUUCUGAUUCUUCUGAAAUAUCGCUGGCGGAAAUUAGAGGAAGAAGAACAAGCCAUGUAUGAGAUGGUGAAGAAAAUUAUAGCUGUAGUUCAGGAUCAUUAUGUUGACUGGGAGCAGGACAUGGAACGCUAUCCAUACGUGGGCAUCCUUCACGUGCGGGACACCCUGAUCCCACCUCAGAGCCGGAGGCGCAUGAAGCGAGUCUGGGACAGAGCAGUGGAAUUUCUGGCAUCCAACGAAUCCCGAAUUCAGACAGAGUCACACAGGGUGGCUGGAGAAGACAUGCUGGUGUGGAGAUGGACUAAGCCCUCUUAUUUCUCUGACUCUGAACGCUAAACUCCCCAGGCAGGGUCAGACAUUCUUGUUCAGCCUGUCCUUGGGACAGUUUCCCUUGGCCCAACAGCGAGGGGUCUACAGAUCUGCUGGUGCUGAAUUCACACUCAUGCCUUGACCUCCCAACUUCUUCUCCUACCCAUGCAUUGUUCCCAUUUCUGAAGGCCACGCCAAGAAAUUUUUGAAAAGUUUAGCUUGUGAGGCCUAUCUAGAUUUGCCUUGAGGGUUGGGGAGGAAACAAUUUGGGUCAUGUAGCUCAUCCUGGGGGUUUUUUUUCAGCAAGUAGACCCUGCCUCCCUUUCCUGUUUAGCACCCCUCUUUUCUAAUAGGAAGUGAAAAGGGCUUGGCUUCUCAGAAAAAGGUGGAGGCCCAAUAGCCACAUAUGCUGCUUGAGAUUCAGUGAAAGGCAGUCAGUACCUUCACCCUGCAGCCUGGCCAACAUCUGCUGUUGCUGAUUGGUUGUACAGCCUUGGAGAAGUGCCUCCUGGGGUUGGGGCAUAGGGUGGCAGCUUAUGGGGGUUGCACUGGGGCCUUAGAGACUGUAGGCAGCUGUGCUAGGUGCCUGGGGAGGCUGCACAGGUGUGCUAAUGCAAGAAGAGAGAAAAAGAGUCUGACCUUCCUUUUCAAGCAAGGGGAGGGAAGAAAAGAGAGGCCAGGAAAACUGACAUGCAUAUGGGAAGACCUAUUGUGGCGGUGGACAGUCUGCCCUGCCUAGACCAGGGCAUCUGUGAGGUCAGUGGGUCUCUGGGACCUGGUGUGUGGUGCAUCAGUGAGGGUACAAGGGUGGGGUGCCAGCCAUUGCCCCCUGAUUCUGCAACAAAGCUGUAGGAAAUUAAUUGAGGAAGCAAAUGCUUAGGCAGUGGAACUCAACAGAUUUUAAUUUUUAUACUUUUUUUCAUCACACAGCCUUCCUAAGGUGUCUAUCCUGGUGGUGGUUCUCAUUAGAAAUAGUCAUUUUUGGUUGGACUAGCAACCUCACCAGCAUCAUCUCUGUACUGUAGAGGGAAUCCUCAUUCUGAGGGAUGACUGUGGCCAUACAUAGGGUGUUUCCUGUGUUGUAAGACCACGAUAUUCAGCCUCCAGGGCUAUGUGUCAUAGAGUGACUUCUUCCACACACUUUGCACAUUGUCUCAACAACCUAGAAAUGUCUUCCAGGGAGGCUUCAUCACCUCCGCCCCCUGCUGGCCACAUGAAAGAGUUGCAGGGGCUCUUGCCUCACAAUUCUGAGACUGCAGAACUUCAUUACCUACCUCCUGCUGGCUCAUCAACUCAAAUCAGAACAGAAAAGGAAGUCUCCAGAAACAGACCAGUGGGGGGUCUUAUUAGUCAGGUAGGAAAGAUCCCACACUAACCUGAAUCUUAUCCCCAUAUGUUCUCAUCUGUGGCAGGAAUGGGGUAUCUGAACAAAAAGGAAACUCAACAGCUAUCUCAGAAAGACAUUAACCAUCUCUUUCUGAUCUUAGUGAUUCUUAAUAAAAUUCCAGUAUCCCAUAUUUUAGCAAUACUAUUUCCUCUGAUGUUUGUAUGAUCCAUGGUGCCUGUAACCAAAUUCCAGCUCAAUUGUGUAGAAAUCCUUAUAAUCAGGCUCAAAAUGAAAUUCAUUAUUGGUGACUAAAUUGCUGGAGGAAUAGCACUAUUUAUUAAAAACUGAUUUGUUUAA